AUGUUUUCUACAACAACAAGAUCGCCUGGCCUGGUCCGGGCGGCUGGCAGCCAGGCAUGGUUGCCAAUACGCAAUGGCGCCGUCAGCCGGUGCUUUUCCACAACCCCCGCGCAACGAGCUCCUCACAUUAUCACCUUCCAGGAAAGCUCGACGCCCGAACUCGCCGAACUCCUCGACAAAUACCGCCAAAUGAUCAUCCUCCCGACAUACCUGUCCCCCGAGCAGCGCCGGAAGAUCUACAAGCCCAAGAUCAGGAAGUACCUCGAGCACGACCCGGUGCUGAUGGAAAUUGACGGCGUGGAGCAUAAGUUCCGCUACCGCAGCCAAGUCGCCGACCUCCCGUCCACGAAGCAUACCUUUGGCCAGGUUCUCCACCUCACCGAGACGCCAGCCGACUUCCAAAACAUCCCGCCCUUGCUCGAGGGCUUCGUGCGCGCCGGGCGCAAGCUAGACGGCUCCUACUACCACCGGCUCAUCCGCAAAGCGGCCAAGCACGGGCACAUGCAGAUGAUCCUCGACUUCAUACAGGCGGCCAAGCGGUACGGGCUCAAGCUCAACCGGUCCGAGCGCAUCAACGAGGUGUUGGUGUACCUCCAAUGGCCAGCCAUCCUGAGCGGCUGGGAGGUUGAGGCCACCGAGAAGGCACUCCGGCAGGUGAAGCUGGUCAUCAACAUCCUCGAAACCGACCUGGCGCACGAGCCUAAGAACCCCAUCGACGAAGGCGCUUACCCUUACUUCCGCGAUCCCCAGGUGCUUGCGGCACGCCUGCACAUGGAGGCUGCGCGCGCAGUGCACCUGCGCGGGGGUAAAGACGAGCACGGCCAGGUGGCCAAGUACGCGCAGCAGCUGGUGACGCUGUGGCCGGAGGGGUAUGGUUUGUUGGACCUGCAGCCGCUAGAGGCGUACCAGGGCAAGUCAGCCAACAUGCGCUACCUGCUAGACCGCAAUGCGUUCCUGUUUUAUGCGUCGCCCGUGUUAAAUGGGUUGGGCUUGGCGGCGCAGGUGGUCGAUCCGGGGCUGGCGAUGCAGCUGCAGAACCGGGCGGAUAAGGUGGAAGGGGAGAUCCGGAUUGCGCUGGCGGAUGAGAAGCGAAAUAAGGAAGGAAGGGGUGCGCGGAUGUAUGAUUCGAUUUUUAACCCGCAGCCACCACGGGCUGAGGAGGAAGCUAGUGCUGGGGAGGAAUAA